UCAAUCAAUUAGUAUCCCCUCUAAUCUAAUCCUUCCUCUGAUUCCAUUACAAAAUUAAAACAUCCUCGGAUCCGAUCUCAUCUUAGGGGGAAAAAUUCACAGAGCAGAGCACAACCCAAAACACAAGCUUAUUCGCAAAUCCCAUGUUCAAAACUUCAUUUCUGCUUUGCUUUGAGGCAGAUACAGUGAAGAGAAGAAAAGUGAAGCUGCUACCAUAGGUUUAUUCCAUCCAUUUCAUUGCUUCCAAAUAUUUGUUCUUCUCUUAAAUCUUAUAUGGCAGCACAGAUUGCUACAACCAAAGACUAGGACUCUUUCCCUAAGUCAUUUGUUCUUUUUUGGUUUUUUUUUUUUGCCCCCUUCAAGUGUCUGUGCAUGCAUUCACGAUCAGAUCUUCAACUCACCCUUGGAUCAAGAACGUGCUAUCCCUGAUGUCAGUGUCUAAUCAAUCAUCCCUGUCGUCUUCAUCAUCUUCUAUGGAUUUUGAUCCUUUAUUGAAGGAUUUGAAUGAGAAGAAGCAGAGUUUCCGGCGUAACGUGGUGUCGCUGGCGGCGGAGUUGAAGGAGGUAAGAAGCCGUUUGGCGUCGCAGGAGCAGUCAUUUGCUCAAGAAACCCUAACAAGACAGGAAGCGGAGACAAAGGCAAGGCACAUGGAAGAGGAAAUAUUUAAAUUGCAGACGAGGUUAGAGGAAAGAAAUGGGCAGCUUCAAGCUUCAGCCUCUGCUGCUGAGAAGUACCUUAGGGAAUUGGAUGAUCUUAGAUCACAGCUUUCUGUGACACAAGCAACUGCUGAUGCUAGUGCAGCAUCAGCUCAGUCAGCGCAACUGCAGUGUGUAACGUUGUUAAAGGAGUUGGAUGAGAAGAAUAGUUCAUUGAAGGAGCAUGAGGAUCGUGUAACUAGGUUAGGAGAGCAACUAGAUAAUUUGCAGAAGGAUCUCCAGGCUAGGGAAUGUUCGCAAAAGCUGCUGAAAGAUGAGGUCUUGAGAAUUGAGCAUGAUAUCAUGCAAGCUGUUGCUAAGGCUGGAGCAAAUAAGGACUGUGAGCUCAGGAAACUUUUGGAUGAGGUUUCUCCCAAGAAUUUUGAAAAGAUUAAUAAGCUUUUAACCGUCAAGGAUGAAGAAAUAACCAAACUGAAAGAUGAAAUCAGGAUUAUGUCAGCGCACUGGAAGCUUAAAACCAAAGAACUGGAAUCACAGUUAGAGAAACAGCGGCGAGCUGAUCAAGAACUGAAAAAGAGGGUGUUGAAGUUGGAAUUUUGUCUCCAGGAAGCUCGUUCUCAGACACGAAAACUCCAAAGGAUGGGAGAGCGAAGGGACAAAGCUCUGAAAGAACUUAGAGAUCAGCUGGCAGCAAAACAACAAAGCGGAGGCGUUGGUGCUGAGAAACAGAAUUUCUGGGAAACAUCGGGUUUCAAGAUUGUAGUCUCCAUGUCAAUGCUGAUCUUGGUGGUGUUUUCAAAGCGGUGAUUUCAUUUAGUUAUGUAGUUAUUGUGUAUAAUAAAAUACCUGAGGAGUUUAGGAAAGCUAUAGAACCAUUCCCUUUGUAGAAAGAAAGGCUUGUAGAUGUAGUACAGGAGAUUUUUUCGUAGUAUCAGUCGAAAUGCUUGUCUAUCCUCAUUCUGAGCGAGAUUGAGGAGGUGACUGAGUGUUAUAGCAACAUGCAUGACAAUUUUUUCUUCCUUUUCCAUUAUGGAUUAUUAGCUGUACUGCGCACCAUCAUGAUGACGCAACUUUUAUCAA